ACAUUCCUCGCCACUUUGAUGCCCGGAUGGAGAAACAGGGGAGAUGAUUUUAAGACUCCCGUUCGCCAUCCGCUCCGCCCUUCCCUCCCCUUCUCUCCCUCUCCACCGCCGGCCAAUCCGCUCUCCUCCGGCCUCGGCCCUCUCCUCCUUGCCGCCAAGACCCCGCCAAGAAAUCCCUCUCUUCCUCCGCCCCCUCGCCCACUCCGCCGCCCGCUCCGACCUCGAUGCCUUCCGCCGCUGGGCCAAAUCCCUUGCCCUCACCGCCGCCCCCGGCAUCGCCGCCGCCGCUGACGGUGGCCCCGACGCCGAUCACCUCAUCCGAGAGCUCUCCUGGCUGGUCCAGGACGCCACCUCUGAGCCCGAGGUCGGCGACGAGGUUCGCCUGAGGGUCGGACUGGAGGAGCUCUACCGCCUAUGGAGGGAGAGGAUCGAGAAGAGGAGGCCGUUCCAGUACUUGGUCGGGUGCGAGCACUGGAGGGAUUUGGUUUUGGUGGUGAGGGAGGGAGUGUUGAUACCGAGGCCGGAGACGGAGUUGCUGGUGGAUAUGGUGGCGGAGGUGGAGGGGUUCCAGGAGGGAUUGUGGGCUGAUAUGGGGACUGGGAGUGGCGCCAUUGCCGUGGGGAUUGGGCGGCUCUUGGGGGUGAGAGGGAAGGUUUUUGCAACGGAUUUGAGCCCGGAUGCGGUGGAGGUGGCGAGGUUUAAUGUGGAGAGGUAUGGUUUAAAGGAUAAAGUUGAGAUAAGAGAAGGACCAUGGUUUGAACCUCUUCAAGAUGUCAAAGGCAAGCUUGCAGGAUUGGUCAGUAAUCCUCCAUAUAUACCAAGCAGUCAUAUAUCUGGACUACAAGCUGAAGUUGGCUGGCACGAACCAAGGCUGGCUCUAGAUGGAGGCAAGGAUGGCACUGAUUACCUUCUUCAUCUUUGUGAAGGAUCUGCUUCGGCACUAAAGCCUGGCGGUUUCUUUGCUUUCGAGACAAAUGGUGAUAAGCAAUCUGAGUUUAUUGCAGAUUUCAUUAGCACAAUGUGGGGGAAUUUCUUUGAAAAUGUAGAGACUGUAUUAGACUUUGCAGGAAUCAAACGUUUUGUGACCGGGGUUCGCAGAUGAAUAUCGGCCAUGUAGAAGAUAUUUCAAUUCAUCACAAGCCCUGGCUGCUAUAGAAAGUUUGGAGGUGCUAGUUUGUACAAUAAACUAGAUCCUUCGUAGGCUUUUUGCUUUCAAGUCUGAUAGGAUUUAUGAAGACAUUAGUAUGGGAUACAUAUAUUGCUCCUGCUAACAAGCUUCUCAAGGGCAGUGGUUAAACAUAUAAUCAAUGGAUUUGAUAUUUCAGAACC